UUGUAUUAAUUUUGAUAUCAGUAUGUCAGUAAUUAUAAAAAUUAUAAAAUUAAUCAUUGUCUAAGAUUUUUUAACUAAUAUAACUAAUAUAACCCUAUGUAAAAACUCAUAAUUCUAAUGGAAAGUAAUUACAAUAUAUGUGAAAAUAUAUUUUUUAUUAAAUGAUUUUCUACGUAAAUUUUUAACGUUUCAAUAAAUAUUACGCUUUUAUAUCAAUAUUGUAAUUAUUGGGUUAUACCUGUAUAAUAUUCUUGAGUUACGAAAUAUGAAAUUAGAUUUAUAAAUAUAAAAUAUAGAAUGUCCGUACUUUUAUUGAUAAAAGUAUGUAAUAAUAAAAGUAUUUUCAUAAUAGAAUUGUUAAUAUAGAUUAAAUACUAAAGCAUCGUAACGUAAUAUCUUUAAACGAUAAGAUUUUUGAAAAACUGGUUCCAUAUCAGCAUAAAAAAUCAAGUAAGUAGACAAAAUCAUAGAACAUCAAUAAUUUAUUAUUUAAAGUUACUUCUUUAGAAUAAUUUAAAAUUGCCGCCAGAUGAAUUUAAAGCUAGGAAAAAAAUUUUUUAAAUGAUUAAAUUUUCUUUAUUUUUAAACGAAAAAUCAAUUUAGUAUAACUUCGAAUAUUUAGAAUAACUAUAUGUAAGAUAAUAAUAUCCGCACAGACUUUAAAACUAGAAGAUAUAGGUUAAAUAAUAAAUAAAUUUGUGAAAUUAUAUUCCCGAUAGUAAUCUGUUAUUUUAUGUAUAAAUAUUAAACAAGAACAAAUUUAACAUUUAAUCGAAAAUUCUAUCGCAAUAACAUAAUUUUUAAAUAUAAAUAAAAGAUAUAAGUUCGAACUAUUCCAUUUAAAUAUUUUCAUCGAUAAAUGGGUGCAUAUGAUUGGAUCGUUGUUGGAAAUAUUGUUUUUCUUAAGAUCGAAGGAAAAAACUUUUUUAUUUAUUAUUACAUAUGCGUUUAUUUAAAAUGUAGAUUUUCCUUAAAUUUAGAUCAAAUUAAAUUUAUUAAAGGUUCACAAUAUCUAUACAUGCGAAUGAAUCGGUCGAAAAAAUCAUAUAUGUAUGUAAAUCUAGUUUUCGGAAUGCGUCAGGGCCUUCGAAGCGCUACGAACAGUUUUCCGACGUAUGGUACCAUAUCAUAUCGGAAAGGUGAUCGUUGAUUGGCUCGCGCUUGGUACCUCGUACUGCCCCACACUACCACCCAAAGGCGGUGGAACGGGUUGCUUGGCAAUCGAAUAAAAGGGGGGAAGGAGGAGUGAUUUCGCGCGUUGACCGGAUUCCGAGUUGUUUCUGAUAGAUUCGAGAGCUAAGGUGCGUCUUUUCUCGUCUGGCUAGAAAGCGUUUGAAAAAAAGGCGAUACCUAUCAUCUCAGUACGACGAGAUGUCCGUCAUGGGUAAGCCGGUACUCUAUUCCUAUUGGAGGAGUUCCUGUUCUUGGAGGGUGAGAAUUGCAUUAAAUUUAAAAGAGAUACCUUAUGACAUAAAACCUGUCAGCCUAGUAAAAGGUGGAGGAGAACAACAUUGUAAUGAGUUCCGUGAAAUAAAUCCAAUGGAACAAGUGCCUGCACUUCAUAUUGACAAUCAUACAUUGAUAGAGUCUCUUAAUAUAUUACAAUAUCUGGAAGAGACUAGACCACAUCGUCCAUUGAUGCCAGCUGAUCCAGUCAAAAGAGCUAGAGUUAGAGAGAUUUGUGAAGUAAUAGCUAGUGGUAUACAACCUUUGCAGAAUUUAGUUGUGCUAAUAUAUGUAGGGGAAGAACGUAAGAAGGAAUGGGCACAGCAUUGGAUAACAAGAGGUUUUACAGCUGUAGAAAAAUUGUUGUCUUCCAGUGCAGGCAAAUAUUGCGUAGGAGAUGAAAUUACAUUAGCAGAUUGUUGUUUGGUGCCACAAAUUUUCAAUGCCAGAAGGUUUCAUGUUGAUUUGAGACCAUUUCCAACAAUUUUAAGGGUAGAUAGACAUUUAGAAGGUCAUCCAGCUUUCACUGCAGCUCACCCUAAUAACCAGCCUGACUGUCCACCUGAGGCGACCAAGUAGCAAGCAAGGCAGACCACCCUUUUCCUCUUCUAAUUCACUGGAAGUAUGGAAAGAGGUGGUCCAAUUUUUUGUGGUUUGGUAGUGGCAAAAGGUGUUAAAGUACCCAUGAGCCUUAUUUUGUAUCAAAUUUACAAAGAAAUGACGUUAUCAAGAAACUACUCUUUGUAUUUAUAGAGUAGAAUUCACAUGCAUAUAAGAUGCGUUUUUGCUUAAAUUUUUAAUAAGCACAGAGAGCAUAACGUUAAAUUUGCAACUAUAUCUUUUGCUAAUUUUAUAUGAAAUACAUUUACAGGUCCGUAAGAUAAUGGUACGUUUUCACCUUUUAUCACUUUUAAACUACAAUUAAGUAUUGAAAUGGUAGAUGAUACGGAACAUACUAUGUAUCACUGAUACAAGAUAUUUCAUCAUCAACAUGAUCAAACUGUGUGCUAUUGUAUCAGUUGUUUGAAAACAAAGUGAUAGUCGUGCCAUUUCUGUACUUAAUGAAAGAAUAGGAAUAUUGGCCUAUUUUUUUACUUCUGUUAUGUUGUUUUGAUUAUUUUAUAUGCACAAUCAAAAUUUACAAAAUUUGUCUUCGUACAGCGUUUACAUAAUAUUUUAUAUAAUGUAUUAACCUAUUAAGAAUAGGUUCUGUUGUCUGAAAUCAAAAGUUUACUUUUAUACUUAUAAUAUAAUUUUUCAAUUAACUUUGACUCAUAUAGAAUAAGAAAAAGUGUUACUAUUUAAUAAUAGUAAAAUAUCUUUAAAUUUUUUGCUGAAACUAGCAUAAUGACUGCAACUUCCAGUAUAUGUAGUAUAUAAACUUGGAAAGGAAGAGGGAAAUUCAUAGGAAAUGCAUUUUAUUGAAAUUUAACAACAAUACUGAGGAAUGAAAAGUACAAAUCAUAUUCCUUUUAAAACAUUUCCCCUUUAGAUACAUCUAAUUUUGUCGCGCGAGAUAACUUUACUAAGUUUUAAAUAGUAAAAAUUAUAUAUGGUGAUUAUAAUAAUCAGUUUAUAAUUUUUAUAGUUGAUAUUAUUUUUAAUGUUAAAAAUAAACUACGGAGUAUUUGUUCUUUGAAAAUUACAAAAUUUACAUCAGGGAUAUGUCAGAUUUACAUUUAAUUUUCCUUAUUUAAGAUUAGUAUUCCUUCUUUCAUUUAUUAUCAGCAUAUGACUACAUUUAGGUUAUAUUAUGAUAACUUCAUUAAAUCAAUAAUUGAAGUAUGGUGAAUUAUUAAUCAAAUAGAUUUAUCAUCAAACUUUUCUAUAUUUUAAGUUUUUUAUUGAUAUAAUAUUGUGCAAUUGAUAUUACUUGUUUGUGUGUUUUCUAUUAUGAAAAUAGAAAUAAUAAUCAAUUGUAUUUUGCCACUGGAACUUUGUUAUAAAUGCAGGAAGUAUAAAAAACUAAUUUAUAUUUACAUACUGAUCAAGCAAAAUUUAUGCAUAUGGCAUACAAAUGAUGAGAUAGAUAUGUAAAUAAUUUUUUAUACAGAACAUUUAAAUCAAGGACUUGGAUACGAUCAUUGCAUUAAAUUAACGAGAUUUAUAUACAUAUCUAUGUUGUUUUCCUCAGCUCAGUUUUUUUGGUAUAUUAUCCUUGUCCAUAUAUAAAAGCGCAAACAAGUAAUGCACAUUACAGAUGUAUACAACAUAGAAUUAUCUAAUAAAUUAAAUAAAACAUCAAAGCACACGUAUUACAUAAUAAGGAAUAUGUAAUUGAAUAUUGCGAUAUAUUGAUCUUGUUUUUUUUCCUCAUUGAAAAUAGUUAAUCAUAAUGAGAUCAGUAAUUCAAUGACUGAGAAUAAAUUCAUCACCAUUUAUAUAAUUUAUAUAAAAUAAAAAUUAACUUACGUUACGAGUACAUGGUGAGAUAUAGUAAUCUUUUCUGUAAAUUUUAAGGCAAGAAUAGUAUUUUGCCCAAUUACACUGAUACAAUAUGAUUAUAUAAAUAUAGAGUUACAAUAUAUCACUCUGGCAGUAAAAUGUCAAACUUUUAUUGGAAGCAUUAUAUAGUUUGAUAAAAUAAUGGCAAUAAGCAUAUUCGUUACAACUUCAUGUUGCUAUGGUCCUAAUUAGAUUUUAGGUAGGAUUACUUACAUAACAUUUGUAAAAGAAUGUGUGGGAACGUUAGAAGAGCAAAUGUGGAUCUGUAUAAUAAUGGUAGCAUUUUGUCACCAUAGUAUGAUAUACAUAUUUUAUAAGUGAAAAUGAUAGUGUAUGUUCAUCGCUUAUAGGAAGUAAUAAAUUCUGUGUCAUAGCAAUGUAUAUUAUUUUGUAGAUGCUAAAGUAAAAAAUAAUGAAUUAAGUAUAUUUGUGACUGUGCACUUAUUAUUUGAAUAAAUAUACAUUUUAAUUGUA